CAAAUUAUGGACCCGUUUGUACCUCGCGAGGGGCCAUCACCAGACAACCCGUAUACAAUUUUCCGCAAAAAUCCUUUGAAGCUUCUGGGCUUUCCGUUUUUGUUACCUCCAGAAUUUCACGAGAAAAAGCAGUCGCUGGAAUAUGCGUUGUUGAGGGCGGAAGGAGGACUAAUCAAAAAAUACCAGCAUAAAUACUUCAAUUACAAGCAUGGCAUAAAAAGGAUGCGAAAACGGAAGGGAUUCGAGGAUUUCAGUGUUAAAACUUUCCCUACUGUUGCUGAUGAAGUAUAUGUUGAAGCACACAAAGCACUCAUGGCUCGUGAUAAGAUUGCUAUGCAAAAGUACAUAACCGAAACCGCUUUUGGAAAAAUGUGGCCGGAUGUUGAAUGCGGAUCAGUGGUCUGGGAUCUGGUGAGCCAUAUCGAGCCGUCACGGGUUGUAUCGGUACGUUGCACCGAUUUCCCGCAUCAAUCCGGCAAUGAUAUAGCGCAAAUUAUUGUACGAAUGAAUACAAUGCAGAAAAUUGCACUAUAUGAUCGUUUUGGUCGGCUUUUGCUUGGAUCGGAGCAUGAAGCCAAACCUGUGCUGGAAUAUGUUGUUUUUGAGAAUCAUAUUGCAAGUGCGGAUGGAACCUGGCGGCUUCAUGAUAAAGUGUAUCCAGAAUGGAUCAAACCAAAAGAAGAUCUACCAAGGCUAGUGCCGCUCAUUUGUGUAGUUGCUGUUGGGGAAGCGAUGAAAAUGUCGGACAGCAAGGACGAUAGCAAAUUGGAAGAAAGCCAGCGAAAAGUGCAGACUCAUAUCGAAGAGGAUGACGAGUUCGAGGAGUUUCCACAACAGGACUGGCAAGCCAAGGAAGGCACCGAGGAUGAAGAGGUCGGUGUUAACAUUCCGAAUUCAUACUUAGGUUUUCUUUGUAUGGAGAUGAAAGCUGACAAAGGUCAGGAGCUGAAUGUCUGGGAAGAUAACUGGGAUGACGAAGCGAAUGAGAAUGAUUUUGCUAAGCAGCUUAGGUAA